CCAAGUUUGGCUGUUAUUAUUGUUUCCAGAACAAUAGUUAUAAGGAACUACUUUUUUCAAGCGUAGUAGAGUGAACAUGUCGGCUUGAGGCAGGAGUGGCUUUGUGUCAGAGAACUCAUAUUUGCUCAGAAUGGACUUCCAGUCGGCCAUGGAAACUUUUGCAGAAGCCUGGGUCGCCGCAAACACGCAGACGCCACUCACAGAGGCCGCGGAAGCACAGAGCCUGGCAGUGGCGGCCCCGAGCACUGGCGUAGCUCCUCCUCCGACGGGGGGUGGAACUCCUUCCAGCGGGGGAGCUGGGGCGUCCGGGGUUGGGGGUCAGCCCGGUGCGCCCAGAGCCCCUUCUUCACCCCCGCCCUCAUCCCUGGCUGCCCAUGGCUCGCCCGAGGAUCAGGACCGCAGCAGCAGCAGCUGUGAGGCACUGGCACCCACUAGGCCGCCCCCUCCCACAAUGGCCGGCAAGACCCUGCCGGUGCACUGCGUGGUGGAGCGGGUGCCCAGCCCGCAGACCGACAGCCAGCAGCCGUCCGUCGAGGUGGACAGCUACGCGAUCGUGCCCAGCGCCGCCCUGUUCGCCGACCUGGUUCGAACCGCGCUCACCAAGCUCGGCUACUCGCCGUCGGAGGCCAUCUGCGCCAAAGGCGUGGUGCAGAUCAAGAAUUGGAAGCCCCUGGCCUUCGACCAGAUCACCGAGCUGCCGGAGGCCACCGUGGGAGACAUGCUCAGCGACCUGGUGCAGGUGGCUACUCUCAGGAUACGCCUGUACAGCCGGCCCAAGCCCAACGUGGUGAACGACGUGAAGGAGAAGCUCCUUCAGGUGCUGCUGGCUCAGUCGCACUCGCUGCUGCUGAGUUCUGGCUGCCCCAUCGACCAGACGACGCUAGCAGCUCUCAGCAAGGGCAAGGCCGAGUGGGAAAUCUCCGAGGACACGCGGAAGAAGUUCGACCAGUGGUAUCUGCACCAAGUGUUCCAGCACUGUCGCCAGGUGGCGCUUCUGCAGCACCAACUCCAGCAGCAGCACCUUCAGCAACAGCAGAAGCAGGCCUCUCCGGUGGUGCCGCCGCCUCCCCGGCUUCUGCAGCUGAGCCUGUCCCAACCGCCUCUCCAGGCGCUGCCCCCGCCGCCUUCUUCCUCUUCCAUCUCCAUCGCUGCGCAACCCGUUAGCUUAAUCACCACGCCGCCACCGGCCGUAGCAGCACCGCCCGGGAUCCAACAGCCGCAACAACAGCAGCAGACCCAGCAACCAGUGUGUCUGCAGCAGUCCCUAACAGGCGUCUCUGGCGGUGGCGGCAGCGGUGGCUGUUCCUCGUCGCGAACGCGCAUUCGCACCUCCUUCGACCCGGAGCUCGAGUUGCCCAAGCUGCACCGUUGGUUCGCGGAGAACCAGCACCCGUCGAGGCUCACCAUCCAGCAGUACGUGCGCGAGCUGAAUUCGCUGGACUCGCGUCGCGGACGCAAGCCCCUCGACGUGAACAACGUUGUGUACUGGUUCAAGAACGCGCGGGCGGCGCACAAGCGGGCCGAGCUCAAGCUUUUCUCCGGUGUCUCCACCGGCGCAUCCUCGUUGGGCACCGUGGGCGACGGCGGCCCAACGUCUUCGUCGCUGAGUAACGGCUUCCUGCCUCCGCUACGGAGUCCCGCCUGGGACGGCGGGAUGGACUUGACGCAGGACUGGUACGACGGGUUUCGCCAGCACAGGAACAGCAACGGCUUCUCUUCGUCCGCCUCGGCGCUCGGCGGAGCGGCGGCCACGUCGAUGCACGAGGACUCGUUCGAAGACGACGACGAUUCGCCGCCGCCAAGCCCUGAGGCGACGCUGGACCUGUCGGUGCGCGGUCGCAACGGUGACCUGGUGGUCAAGGAGGAGCCCCGGGACUCGCAAGGGAGCAGCGACAUGGAAGAAGACGAAGGCGGCGGGGGCGGCGGAGUGGCGGGCGGGGACGAUACUCCCCAGGAAAGCGACGACGACGAAUCGCGGUGCCAGAGUGGUGCGACGACGGCGUCCUCGGGGUGUGCGGCGGCGCCCGUCGAUUCUCCGGGCGGGCUUCGCGACGAGCGCCGCAAGCGGAACCGGACCUUCAUCGACCCGGUGACCGAAGUGCCGCGCCUCGAGCGUUGGUUUGCGCUCAACACGCACCCUUCGCACGCGCAGAUCGUGCGCCACACAGACGAGCUGAACAGUGCGCCGUACAGGAAGCGGUUCCCGCGGCUCGAGCCCCGCAACGUGCAGUUCUGGUUCAAGAACCGCCGGGCCAAGUGCAAGCGGCUCGCCACCGCGCAGCAGCCACCGCGGCCUUCCUCCGCGUCGCCCAACCCAAAGUCGGCGGCGUCGACGGGAGGCUCCGGCGGUGGUGGCGAGACCGCUGCUUCUUCGGCGAGCGCGGCGAGCUCGCCCCGGGACGCGGGCGUCCGGUCGCCGCUGCCCCAACAGGCGAGCGGCCAGUGACGUCGCAGGUCGCCGGGCGUGCUCGCCGUCGUGCGGGAGGACUCCUAGUCAGACUGCGGCUGGCCCCGCCCCUCUACGCCGCGCGCGCAGUAACGCUCACCUGCUUGCUCGCGCUCUCUCUCUCUCACACACACGCUCUGUCUCCCCCUCUCUCUCACGCUCGAUCGUUAGAACCAGCGACUACCCGAGGUAGUAUGGGGUGGUGCUUAGGGCCACUUGCAAUGAAGCCUGUACCGAAUGAAUGUGAGAAAGGUCGCGUGGGAAGCUCCCUUUUGUCUACGGUCCACCGUCUGCUUGCAAGGGUGUGUUCACACUGGAGUUGCUUGGUUGCUUAUGAACUUUGGUGUAGAACUUUGUCAAUCAGUUUACUCCAUGAUGGCAAGUUUGGUAGCUGAAGGCUGCUAAAGCAAGAAGCACAACCUUCAAAUGACAUUUGGUUUUCCUUAAGGAAUGCUAGCUUUAGCACUUGGCAUGCAGACUCAGGCCCUUUGCCUUUGUCUACUUCGUAGCUUGUUGCCAUUGCAACUGGGCAAGCCAAAAUCAUUGCAACUAGUGUUCUCCAGUGGAGCCUUCUGAGAUUGGCAGGGCCACACAUUCCACUUGUCCUAGCUUUGCUAGCCUGUAAUGUUUGCUCUUUUCACAGACUUCCUUGAAUCAUGGAGACUGAUUUAGACUGUCAGAACCUAAUGAUGCUGACAUGCCUUUGCUAUGCUUCCACACCUCUGUUGUGAAUGCACCCUUAUUGUUUCCUUGUUACCUUUUAUUAGUUUUUAUUUACAUUCUGUGCAUAACUGGUGUAGUGUACAUACAGGCUGAUCAUCUAAGCGUGACCGAUAGCACUUGUGCGAAGUCUUCUGCCUGCAGCUUGGAUUCAUUAUUUAACUGUGAAAUUGUGCGUUUCUCCUUUAUUAUUCUUUUUUUGCCUUCCUCAGCUCUUUGAGGUGGCAAGUGGGGUAAGAAAGAAAAAGGGAAAAAGGUAGCCAAGUGAAACCUCUUUCUCUAAACAGUUAAAACUUUCCUUUGCAAUAACAUGUAUUGCUAAUUUUUUGCUUGGCCUUUUUGGCACUACAAUUGAGGGGCGAGGCGGAGAGGAGACUUACAAUUCUUAAAUUUUGGCAUGCUAGUAAUUUUGACAUCGCAUUCAUCAUAUUUGCCUUCUGAAUGUCACCAACAUCGAUGCCAAUUUUACAUGGCUCGUAUAUUGUUUGCAAAUGGUGGCAGUCAGAUUCCGAAUGCUAACAUUAUAGCGCACAUAGUUCGGUUUCCUUUCACCGGGACUGGCUCAGAGGGCCCUAAGGUAGUUUUUUUUCAAUUUACCGGAUAUUGCUGCUUUGCUUCCUGUGUAGUGUGCAAUAUGCAUGCAAAGCUCCUAUUGAUGAUAUUGUUACGCAUAACUGUAAUCAUCAGUUCUUAGGGGUGCUUUUAAUUUUGCCCUUAAAAAGAAAGUUCGAUUGUGUCAUUUCAUAUUACUUUGUAAUGUCGUGCUGCUGUCUUGGUGACUGCGCAUCUAGAGCUUUAAUAACUCUGUCAUGAUGCCCUCUCGUUGCCCAGUAAUGCUUGAAAGACACACUUGGACCUUGCAUGUGUUACAUUCAGUUAACUACCGAGGCACUGUACAAUCAACAGCAAUGUUACUUUCACUUGCUAGAUUUUCCAUCAGGGUCCUAUUUCCUUCACUAUAAGCAACAGCAAUAAGCCUUUCCUUCUUUUUAAAUUUUGGCAGUGUUUGUCUACUCAGACCUCCCUUGAUGGGAACUCCGUGCUGCAGUCUAUGCAAUUUGACGAAUGGGUCUUUGAUUUGUUAGAGCAUUCCAAGAACGUUAGGAGACAUUGACACCUUGCAAUAAUUAAAAAUGCUGACAGAAACAAAUUGUAACCAUGUUACAGGCCUACAAGCUACUGUUACUUGUAUCCGGCAGUCAGGGUGGCCACUGUUGAGAUGUCGUGCUCCCCUUUUAUGACAUGAAGCAUUUAAUAUAAGGCUCGAACUUGUCCCACAUUUAUGUUAGCCGUGUUUUGUAGUGUUGCGAGUUGGUGUGUGGUAUUGUAGCUUUCAGUGUUACCGGCUUCCACUCACACUACCACCACAUCAUUGGCAGCGGAUGUGUUUUCACGGAAGCAAAAGAGCAAAGAUGGUUGUCUUCUGCAUCCGGAUUUGUGUUACAAGGCCAUCUUCUAACCUUUAAUUUGCGGUCAGCAUUGGAGCACAAUGAACGGCACGCUGAAAGGACUUGAUGUAAUCUGUAUUAGUCUGUCAUGUAACUUUUAGUUCAGGUCUUAGUUUGAAGAUGUGGCUGCCUCGUGUUUGUUACAGGCGACAUAGUUCAUGGUACUUUAGUUACACCACCUCUUCUGAGCAUGGCUAGUUCCUUUCAGGGGCCUGCAAUACACUAGAGACACAUGUUGCAACCUUAUUUCUUUUUUUGCCUCACUCACAAAUUUUAUUUCGCGGGCAUAGAUUUCAUUUGCCUGCGGCUCUAAAUUUUAUCCGUGAAAAUCAUGAGGCGUGCCUGCUCACAAAGCUAUGAAUAACCAACCACUGGUCUUAGUGUGUUCCUCAUAAAACUACUUGUUCGAGAGUUUUACUUAUCCCUCAUUGAGCAACUCCACGUAUGACUGUUUUAUUUAACAGUUUCCCCAUGUGUAUUGAUUUCCAUGUUUACCACUUCAUGCGCCCGGAAUUUCACAUGACUCUGUUCCUCUGUUCAACAGUUUCGGAUCUCUCUUCUGCGGUAGUCAGUGUCAGAUGUGAGCUGUUUUUGCCUGUCCUUACACAUAGUAUUGCAGUUUACGGAAUACAGAAACAAUGGAGACCUGGACGCGAGCAGCUGGGCUGGUAUCAUCAUCGUGUGACAAUUUGUUCAACCACAAUUUGCCAGAAACAGUUUUUUUUUUUCCCGUGCUGUUCUUGUUUAAAGAAACAAAAAGAAACUUUACAUUCCUUACUAUGCUGUUGCGGGCGAUUUUACUGAAGUUGCUGUGUAGCACAUAACCUUUUAUUGCAAUAAUUGUUUUGUGCAGUGAGGUUGAAACCACUGUCACCCACCACCAGCACUGUUACUCUCGCCUGCAGCUUGUGUGAUCCGUAAAUGGCACUACAUAUGCACGGUAGGGGUUAAAACACCGUAGUGUGUGUGGGGGUGAUUCCUAGGAGAAGCCUUUGUUCUUUGGACUAAGCUGGGGGCGCUGCUGAUGCCAAAAUGGUUUGCCAUGCCAGAGGGUUCUCUCUUCAGGUCACUCUCGCCAAACGUUCCUUUGUUUACACUCUUGUUCUAUACUGUGGAUUUGUUAGUGUCUUUGUUAGUGUGACCAGUUUGGAAUCCGCUUGCUUGUUGCUAGUCUAUUCCUGCUUAUUUCCACUGAGGUAAUGGUUUUCUUAGCUAGGCUUUCGAGUACUCAUUAACUUGUCAAACUGUGUUUUGUGUUUCUUAGCAUUUGAUUUGUAUUAUCCAGGUCGCAGCAUCUCUCUCAACUGGUGUUGUGGGUUCAUUCGGAAGUCCAUAAUAUACACGCGUGCUACCGUUGCGGUGCAUUAUUUAUGACUGGAAGAGCAGUUUUCGUGCUUGCCCGCAAGUUUCAGGACUCCCGCGCACAAAUUAGUUGCUUUUUCGAUUAUUGAUCGCAAUACCAAACACUUGAAUUAGGCAGCGUCACCGAUUUGAGAAGCCGUGCUUGGAAUUCACUGUAUCGACUCGUUUAUAUUUAGCUGCGGCGCGUAUUAAGCAUGAAAUGCUUUAGCUCCCGUUGUCGGCGACCUUCAAGUGACUUUUGAGCCAAAAGCCAGAACCGUUAUCCGGGCACUCAAACGAGAUCACCCAGUCACUCAAACUGGAACAUCCGUGCAUCGUUGCGAGAACAAAACGAGAUCAUCUGGGCAACCAGUCAAAAGUUAGGAAAAUGCAGUCUCUGGCCCCCAACCCUUUGUACAGACCGCAUUACAUACGUCAGAUACUUCCAAACAAGUUACAAAAAGUAUUGUUUCCGAUUUCUUCCUAAUGUUUGUUCACGAUAUCACUCAAGCUGUAACUUCUGGUGCACUGAAGUUUUAUUUGUGAUUUCCAAUAGCGACGCUCAAAAGGCAGAUCGGUUUCCUGUGCUCUUUCGAACGCCAGCGGUCCGUGAGUCGUGAGCGGUCUGCGACUAGGAGAAAAAUUAGUGACAGAUGCUGAGCGCGCUGCACUGUUGGAAGAAGAAAAGCCGUUGAAGGCGGCGGCACUAGCACCACCCUAGCGGCACCACAGGGAGCAAAAGACGCCAUGUGGUAGCCAUUUCAGGCUUACAUCUACCCUCGAUGAUGGGAGAGCCAGCAUUUUUUUUUUGUUCUUUUUUACAAAAUGUUGAACGAGCUCGCAUGUGUAUUGGUGGCUGCUCACAUAUGUAUUGGUAGCGAAAUGUGCACAUAAUGCAAGUAAAAGCAUUGAUAUGUAAACUGGGAAUAGAAUAAUGACCCCCCCCCCCUCGCUUUUUCAAGGUUACGAUGUUUUACAGCUAAAAAAAAAUUGCCAUCCUUUGCAGUUUCCUUUCAUCUAAUGCGUUCACGAUUUCGAGCUGCGUCUUAUACGAAUGCAUUUUCAUAUCAGUAUAACAGGGAGUACUUACACUCGACACCAAAGAUUCUGUUUCCGUGUUUUAUAUAUUAUAUAUUUUUUUUUCAUCGCUCUAUCCAACUCAGACUCUGAAGUUAGACCAUCUCUAUCAGUUAUCAUGAUAUCAAAGGAAAAAUUGGCGUCCACCCUGAGAGUAGCAGCUACAUAAAGAACCACCGUACGGGUUUCUCAGAAAGAAAGCUUCGCGGUUGAAUAAAUACAGUGGAACCUCGUUGAUACGAUUCUGCACAGUACGUUUUCGGGAUAAUACGAGGUCGCGGGAUCGAAUCCCGGCCCCGGCGGCCGCAUUUCGAUGGAGGCGAAAUGCAAAAACGCCCGUGUGCUUGCGUUGUAGUGCACGUUAAAGAACCCCAGGUGGUCAAAAUUAAUCCGGAGCCCUCCACUACGGCGUGCCUCAUAAUCAGAACUGGUUUUGGCACGUAAAACCCCAGAAAGAAAGAAAAAAAAAGAAAAGAUACGUUUUUUUUUCUUUCCUCGAUAAUAAGAUUUUGUUUUAUAAUACGUUGGAAUAUGCGAUUUUUGGAUAAUACGCUUUAUUUUCCAGUUCCCGUGAAGAUCGUAUCAAGGAGAUUCCACUGCAUUGGCCCUGGUCCCGGGGAUUAAUCGAUAACUCGCACCGUAGGGACACUGAAUAUAGCAAAUAUCCCGAAAUGUAGUAAAGUGCGCGUGGUUUAGGCGAGAAUGAAGGCUAGUCAACGGUAUAUGAUGGUCAGCCUUAAGCUAAAAGAUUUGUUAGUAAAUUAUGGUAACGCUACACGAACGCCGCUAUCAUUCAAUCACGCGUCGGGCCUCGCAGAUGCGGUCAGGAGCUUGCAACUAAGCACCGAUCAGGAAUGGUACCGGGUUAGCGUCAGCAUGAAGCAGUUUCCCUUCACGUGACGUAGGGAUAGAAGAAGCGUUCCAUUGCCAUCAGCAAACGUGGGGCUUAACAUUCCCAAACUUCGCUGUGGGUUAUGAGGCACGCCGUGGUGGUAGCUCCAGAGUUGAUGCUCCGAGUAGCAGUGCGUCAAGUUAUAAACUGAGGCACGCUUACGAAACGCUCUGCACAACUGUGAGUCUCAACAUGGCAUACAUCAUCCACAGACAAUCCGUGGACUAUUAAUAUUACGCCUAAAAUAGAACCUCAGACUUGGAUUUGAAGAGGGUCACUAUAAUUAUAGACCCAUGACGUUACAUUAUAUAUAUUUUUUAAUAAUACGUCCGUAGGUUACUGCGAAAAAAAAAUUCUUAUGAGACAAAACAGCCCGUACUUUGUUCCUACACAAUUUGUCUAUAGACAGGCUAAUCAAUUCAUAAGGCUUGGGGGUCAACAAAGGCAGCUUCUUAAUCGAUCACAAACUAUGGCACACGAGCAAUGCUCGCCCACAGGGCCUGGCGGCGGCUACUGCUGUCGCGUAGUGGCGGCUCCGAAACUUUUGGCGAAGGCUGUGUUAGUGUGGUAAUCGCUGGCUUGAAAGCACUGACUUCAAAAUUUUCUCAGAACCGCGUUUCCGCAAGCUUUGCUACGGCGUCGGUAGUGAUCUCAAAUUGGCUCCCAAAAUGCAGGAAAGUGAGCUUCCUGUCGUACUACACCGUUCUGUUGGAUUCUUGAUCACCUUUUGUUUUUUUCCCCACGUUAUUUUGCACAUCGAGGCCCUGUGGCAUUGCCGUAUCUUAUCCUCCGUUAUAUGUGUGCCCUUCGAAAGCCGCCGUGGA